ACUUGAAAUUCUAGGAAAGGAAAGGGUAUCCGUAGGGAGCUGAUGUUGCAUUUUUGGCAUAACCCAAUUAAAUAAUAAUAAGUUUAACCGAGCCACGCCAACUUCAUUGGAACGUAAAUUACCCCUAAAACAUUACUCUCCAUUUUCAAGACCAAGUUUCUUUCCUUACUUUAAUGGCUAAAGUGUUUCCUCACAGUCAGAGACCUGUGUUAGACCCUUUCGUGUCUUUAGAAAAAGAAACAUUCACUAUAUGGAUGAAAUCACUUGUGUGCCAAACUAAUGGCUGCACCGUCUUUGAUUCCAAUGGAGACAUUGUUUAUCGCAUCGACAACUAUGACAAGAAGUGCAGCAGUAAGGUCUAUCUUAUGGAUCUUCGAGGCAGAGUUCUUGUUACAAUUAUACGAAGAAAGAGGUUAUUACAGAUUGUAGGGUGCUGGUAUGGUUAUAGAUGGAAUCCUGAUGCCAACGAGGAGAAGCCAUGGUUUCAAGUGAAAACAUAUGGCAGACUUAUCUGUAUGGGAAGCUUUGCCUGUCAAGUUACUGUAGGGUUUGACAAGUAUUGGGUGGUGAAAUUGGGCAGCAAACAGGCAUUUAGAAUCGUGAACAUUGAUAGAGAGGUUAUUGCAGAGGUGAAGCAAAAACAAUUAUCUUCAGGAAUCUCACUGGGGGAUGAUGUGCUAACUUUGGUUGUGGAGCCUCACAUAGAUCAUUCCCUGAUAAUGGCAAUUGUGACUGUCUAUGGGUUGAUCAAUUAUAAACUGUAGGAUAUUACUGUCUUUUGCUUUUGAUGCACAGUGAGACUGCAGUGAUAUUCAUAGCCUUCAAAGACCAGAAGCCACUGAAUAUCUUGGCCAUUGUAGAGGCAGCGAGAGGAGAGAAGUCUACUAGGAUAGAUAUGAAAGUGUAUAGUCCCGAAAUGUCCUCGUCGUUGUUAUUUUUUUAUUUUUGUAGAAAAUGUUGCUAUUAUUUGAGCUUAAUUAAUCUGU